UAUGCCCAAAUCACUGUAAACAGGAGUGUUAUGUGUUUGCAGGGUGUUAGAUGAGGUUGAUUUUAAGUAGAUAAGCUGCCCACCCACUAAAUUUACGUGUAGUAGAUACUGUUCCAUAGAAAUAUCUAUUCAAAUAGCGUGAUGGGCGAAGAGGAAGAUGGAAGGCCACCCGGGCCUCCCGGGCCUUCUACAUCGACCCAGGGAUAUCAUGGUACUGGACUUCCAUAUGGCCCGCCAUAUAUGAUGCCUACAUAUCCAAAUCCAUAUCCGUAUACUUGGGGUAGCCAGCAUUUCGCCAUGCCACCCUUUGGGCCAACCAUGCCAUACCCUAUGUCGAGAAAUCUGGAUGAGCUGAGAGAAGGUGAAGAUACAACCCAGCGGGAGAUGCCGCAUGAUGAACCAACAAUGCGAAAUCCAAAUUUCCCAAGUGGCUCAUCAUCUAUGCAAUUUAGUGUUGAAAGUGAAGAGAAUGUAACCCGGGAAACUUCACCCGUCAUAAACUUGGAAUCCCCAAAUGCGGAGGAGAUGUUUGAAGAUUCAGACGAAGAUAAUAAAGUUGAGCCUCCGAAAGCUGGUAUGAAAUUUGGGUCUGAUAAAGAGGUUUUAGUGUAUUACAAACGAUAUGCCAAACAAGAGGGUUUUGGUGUUAUUAUAAGAAGGACGAAGAGAGAUAUAGAUGGGAGUCCAAAGUAUGUGACGAUAUCGUGUGCACGUGGCGGAAAGUACUAUCCUAGUGUCGAUCGCAAUUUAUCAAAGCCACGGCCGACGACAAAAACGGAUUGUAAGGCGAAGGUUAAUGCUCGCCUUGUGAAUGGGGAAUGGGUGUUGACCAGUGUCGAUCUAGUUCACAAUCAUAGUACUGUUAGCCCUAAGAAAUCCCGAUUUUUUCUUGCUCAAUAA